GGCCGGCUCAGUCAGGCGCGAGGGGCAGCCGGUGUGUUAAGUCCUUUGGCCGCCUUAGGCGGUGUCUGGUGUGCGAGGCUCGGCCGCCGGCGGCUCCGGAGUCCUCGCCUCGGCCUGCCUCCUCCUUUCCGCGCGGCAGUCCCAGGCUCCGCGAGCCACCCCGGGUCUUGCGCCCGCGAGCUUUCUCGGCGCCCGACGGGGCCGCCUCGGGCCAUGGUGCCGUCCCAGGAGGACCCCGCCGCCGAGCGGGAGACAAACGAGGCGCAGCCGCCGGGGCCCGCGCCCUCGGAUGACGCUCCGCUGCCCGGCCCGGGACCCUCGGAUGCCUCCGACGUGGCCGCAGAGAAAGUGGAGGUGGAGCUGAGGAGGUCAACGGGCAACGAGCCCCCCGUGCCCCCCGAAGGCGGCUGGGGCUGGCUGGUGAUGCUGGCGGCCAUGUGGUGCAACGGGUCGGUCUUUGGCAUCCAGAACGCCUACGGGGUGCUCUUCGUGUCCAUGCUGGACACCUUCAGGGCCAAGGACGAUGAGAACAUGGCCUUCAAGACAGCAUGGGUAGGCUCGCUGUCCAUGGGCAUGAUCUUCUUCUGCUGCCCCAUAGUGAGUGUCUUCACAGACGUGUUCGGCUGCCGGAGAACAGCUGUCGUGGGUGCAGCUGUGGGAUUCGUUGGACUCAUGUCCAGUUCUUUUGUAAGCUCCAUCGAGCCUCUGUACCUCACUUAUGGAAUCAUCUUUGCCUGCGGCUGCUCCUUUGCCUACCAGCCGUCACUGGUCAUUUUGGGACACUACUUCAAGAAGCGCCUUGGACUGGUCAACGGCAUCGUCACGGCCGGCAGCAGCGUCUUCACAAUCCUGCUCCCUCUGCUCUUGGGGAAUCUGCUCAGCAGCGUGGGCCUCUCUAACACACUGCGGGUCCUCUGCAUCUUCAUGUUUGUCCUCUUUCUGGCUGGCUUUACUUACCGGCCUCUUGUUCCCAGCGCCAAAGAGAAAGAGAGUGGGGGCAGCAGAAGCUCCUUCUUUUCCAGGAGAAAGCUUAGUCCUCCAAAAAAAAUCUUCAACUUCUCCCUCUUCAAGGAGACAGCCUACGCAGUGUGGGCUGCUGGGAUCCCACUCGCACUUUUUGGAUACUUUGUGCCUUAUGUUCACUUGAUGAACCAUGUAAAGAAAAGGUUUCAAGAUGUGAACAACAAGGAGGUGCUUUUCAUGUGCAUUGGCGUCACCUCAGGAGUUGGACGACUUCUCUUUGGCCGCAUUGCAGACUAUUUACCUGGUGUGAAGAAGGUCUACUUGCAGGUUCUCUCCUUCUUCUUCAUCGGCCUGAUGUCCAUGAUGAUUCCCCUGUGCAGCGCCUUCGGAGCCCUCAUCGCCGUCUGCCUCAUCAUGGGUCUCUUCGACGGAUGCUUCAUCUCCAUCAUGGCACCCAUUGCCUUUGAACUGGUUGGUCCUCAGGACGCUUCCCAAGCAAUUGGAUUUCUACUCGGAUUCAUGUCUAUACCCAUGACUGUAGGCCCUCCUAUUGCAGGGUUACUUCAUGACAAGCUGGGCUCCUACGAUGUGGCCUUUUACCUUGCGGGGAUCCCUCCCUUUAUUGGGGGUGUCGUGCUCUGUUUAAUCCCGUGGAUUCAUCGCAAGAAACAGAGGAAGGGCAGCAAAAACACCGGAGGGGAGAAGACGGAGAGGAUGCUGGACAAGCAACGCUCUCUGCUGCCGGGCUCCUCCGGAAUCUUCAAGAAAGACUCCGACUCCAUCAUCUGACGCCAUGCACACCUCCACCCGACUGCGUUUGCUUUGAAUUUCAAGCCAGUUUCCCUUUUAUAUGAAUUGCAGAUUUCUUAUUUUUUUAAUCAUCCUUGGAAUAGCACAAAUGGGACGCGAGCCCUGUAUUACCACUCGAGCCAUCUUCUCUCCCAAGCAGCUUUGACGUGUCCACGAGUCAGGGGGAGACUCUGUUACAGGCAAGCAAGCGUGACUGGAAACCAAACGUGAGCGCUCAGAGCUCUCAGUAAGGAGCAGCCUUGGGAGCCUCGGGCACUGUGCUUGGAGCCAAGCCGGGGCGGAGCGGGCGAGCGGGAGCUCAAGUGCGCUUGCUCCAUGCUGGAAGCAUUUGCCGCUUCCCGCUUCCCGGGUUGUCUUUUGUUCCAGUGUGUUACUUUCUCCUUCAUUUUGGAACGUUUUGCAAAAUUUAAGCCUGGAUCCUAGAUAAUAAGAGGCCAACCUAAACCUCGAGUCUUUUAAAUGAUUUAAGCUAUGAAAUUAGGAGAUUCUUGCCUGCUGCAGUCCAGGGACCUCCUGGGAGCAGAUGCUAAUGCUGCCACAGGACACGGGAGCUAGAGGGGUCCUCUCGCAGGCUGCAGUCAGGUGUUUCUUCCACUAACCUUUGCCCCCUUUGGUUUGUAGUGUGUUUUACUCCAGUAGCCAGAAGACCCCAAAUUUCUGAUUUUGUAUAAACAAUAAAGUGAAGUAGAAUGUAUAAAAGAUAUCCUAGCAAAUUUUAA